UGCGGGCAAGCGUGAUGUCGGAACAUGCGGCGCAGGCGCGUCGGGUACGUGUUGAUGGACAUGCUCCUCGCGGUGCCUUGGCUGACCGCCGCCGUGGCCCGUGGGCCAGCAAGCAAGCGCGUCCAGUCCAACGUAUCUGUUAUCCAUCGGAAGGAACAUCGCGAUGCCCAGCGCGGGCAAGAUAGGACCGCCAUCACAGCACGCAUGUGCAGAUCCUGCUCGCUGCAAACACGUUCCUCCUGGCCGCCCUAACUAGCUGAUUUCACAUGACGUUCCUCCUUAAAGUCCAUAUCUCGGAAUCCGCCAACGCGGUUGAUCCGAAUCGCGAACGCAAGUCUCCCCCGCAUCGGUGCGUAUCAUCCAAAACCACCGAGCCCGGAUGCGGGCAGCGGCAUCAGCGCGCGAUCGCCAUGACGCACCCGGCUGCAGCCUGAUCACAACACCUGCAACUGCCUGCCAUGGUGCAUCAGAGGUACCUAGCGGAGACUAA